UCUUCUGAAACACUAACAGGAAGUAACGGGAUUACGUUUUUGGUUGAGAGAGCAUGACAUAAACCCUAAUCCGUGUCAUGUACAUUUAAUUAUAGCGAUCAGAAGAGUAAACUACAACUUUGCUUUUCUGCGUUCUCGCUGUUAAUUUUUUAUUUUGUAAGACCAAUUGAGGUGUGAUGAGGUGACAGCAAAGGAACCGCCGAAGGUGAAGACAACACACCAGCACAAGUGGUUUAACUUGGAUAGGCUACUGGUGGAUUGACACAUACACACAGAACAGAGGACAUGUGGUGGUUCCAGGAAGGUCUGUGUAUUAUACCAGUAGCUCUGGUAUUAUGGACGACAGCCACGUUCAUCUUCGAUUACAUCACAGCUGUGGUGCUGAGACAUGUGGACCCACUGGUGCCAUACAUCAGUGACACAGGGACAGUUGCCCCAGAGAGAUGUGUGUUUGGAAUCAUGCUGGAUGUGUCAGCCUUCCUAGGUGUAGCCACCGUGUAUGUACGCUACAAGCAGGUCCAAGCCUUGACAGACGAAGAGGAGUCAAAGCUCCAUAAACUCAACGUCUUGGGCCUGGUGCUGGGGUGGACCAGCUCCUUUGGCAUGUGCAUCGUCGCUAACUUCCAGAAAACCACUCUGUUCUUCAUGCACCUGGUGGGGGCGAUAUUGACGUUAGGUGUGGGGGCCCUGUACAUCCUGGUGCAGACGCUGGUGUCGCUGUACAUGCAGCCUCACGUUCACGGGAAGAGUAUAUUCUGGGUCCGACUCAGCAUUGGAGUCUGGACCUUUGCCAGCAUUAUCAGCAUGUUUGUUUCAUCUGUCAUCAUGUACAGCAGUCUGCCUGGAGUGGACGUGGCCCAUAAACUGCACUGGAUACCUGGAGAGACGGGCUACAUCCCUCACAUCAUCAGCACCAUCUCUGAGUGGUCUCUGGCUCUGUCCUUCGUCAGUUUCUUCCUCACCUACAUCCGAGACUUCCAGAAAAUAACGCUGCGGGCAGAGGCGGACCUAAGGAGUAAUCACAUGUAUGAUUCACCGCACUACAGCAUCACCACACCUCUCAACCAAUCAGAGACCUCUCCACUGCUGGCGGGGGGCAUCUGAACAAGACCACUCCUAGUAGUGCGGUUGAGUCGAGCUGUAAAUGUCAACAUACUGAAUGGAAUAAAUUAGAUUAUAAUGCGGAUGGUUCGAGCCCUGAAUGCUGAAAGCCGUGGUAUAUUAGACCGUAUACCACGGGUAUGACCCACAAACAUUUUGUGUUCUAAUUUAGUUGGUAACCAGUUUAUAAUAGCAAUAAGGCACCUCAGGGGUUUGUGGUAUAUGGCCAAUAUACCACAGCUAAGGGCUGUAUCCAGGCACUCUACGUUGCAUCACGCCUAAGAACAGCCCUUAGCCAUAAUAUAUACGCCAUAUACCACACCUCCUCUGGCCUUAUUGCUUAAACAUAGAAUGCUGAGUGUGCAAGCACAAAGAUACUGCUGAUAAGCCUAAUUCUUAGGUACAGUAGAAAUGCCACACGCCAUUUUUAAACUGACAUGCCUUUUGAUGUCAACUGCACUAUUUUCACUGACAUUUGGUUCUUUGUGUUAUGAGCCUGGAGCCUAUUUGUAUUGGGCCUAAGGGCAUCAUCUGACAAAUGUCAUCUGUGGUGUGUUAAAGGUUUUUAUACCUUGUACUUUUUUUUAGUAUUCAGAACACAACUAUGCUAUUCUUAUCAACCACUGGAUGGUGCCAAAGAGCCAGCAACAUGUUUGGUUCUGCUUUCUUACAAGUCUAGCAACCCCCUCAACACAAAAAUAGAUGUGAGCAUUUGUUGCAUGAGCUUACGUUGAUUGUCUUUCAUGAGAAUUUAUAUUAUUAAGUGUUUUGAAGCAAGGCACUUGAACUAAUUAUCUAGAAGUAUAAUGAUGCAUUUACUCUACUUCACUUGUGCUUUGGAAUGCUAAGUUAUUGUGCUCUGGCUGUGAAGCCCUCAGUGUUAAUGUAGGAGAAUAAGGAAAUAAGUGUGUUUUAGAUUUGAUCAUUACUGAAUGGAUUGUAUUUUUUUGUACUUUUCUAUUUGGUUUUGUGCUUUUCUAUUUCUUCCCCAAUUAUGAUUUAAAUUACUUCCAUACAGA